CAGAGGAGAACCUCCCGCGAGCACGAUUGCAUCAUCCUGGAUCUGACGAAGUCAGCUCUUGCUUCAGGAAAUCUGAUCCCAUUUGUAAUUCACUCGAAAUAACAAAGACCAUGCCGUCUUGCCCUUGCGUCGACUUCGCAGCGCCCUGCCCUCCCCGCAGGAUCACCGUGCACUUAAGAAAGGCGAAGAAGAGAGGUCGGGCGAGGCAGGGACGAGGAGGAGCAGCGGGCGGCGGGUCAGCUGACUGCUUCCUCGGCGGCGCAGCUGGCGGAGGAGGCGCGGCGGUGGCGGGCUCUGGCGGCGGCUCGCGCAACCACGCCGCCACCAGCCCGCUCUCGCCUCGGAUCGCCCUUUGUAAGUCCACGGCCGAUUUACGUGCCUUGGCGGGGAAUCACACGUGGGUGGCCUCUCCCAGAUAUUAGGGGUGUACUGCAAGGACCGUGGGAAGAGUGAGAUUUGCUGAAGAUCGCAAGGUGUCUGUAUAGGAAAGGUUUUUUCAUGGAAUGUCGCUCCGGCUCGGCGGCGAGGGAGGCCAUAUUGCCACCGAACCCCGAGCAUCGCCUCUCGCUCGGGCUCCUUUGUUUUCGUGGACGUUGACCGCAAGACUUCACUCGGCAGUGAUUCGGCGGAUACGUGGUCUCAACUAAGAGCACCAGGAAGGACCUAGAAGUAAUGUUAUGUGUGUGCACAAGCAUAAUGUAGUGGAAAUACAUCUUCAUAAUGCUUACGAAAGGACUUGGAUGGUUAUUGCAAACCACGGUCUUUCGCCAUCAUGUCCCUUCUCCAAAAGCCUCUGGUGCGGCAAUGGCUUCGGGAAUGGGCACGGACAGCAUAAGCCAGUAGCCAGAAUUGCUGCAGGAUUACCCACAAACUUAAAUGAACUGAUGACAAUAAUCAAGAAGAAAUGGAGUCUCCGAGGGACAUUUCAGAGAGCUAAGACAGUAUAAGGCAUGUGAAGUUGCACUUUUACAUCCGCCAUCCUUGGUAAGGCGUUGGCAAGGUAAUUGCAAUGGAAUACAGAGUGACUAAUGAACACUUGCAUGGCAAGAAAUUGAAGAAAAACUGGUGCACCUAAGGUCAUAUGUUCCCUUUGUUGAGCGUAUGAUCACAAAGCUUGAGGCUCGCUCGCAACAAGUUGGUUCAAGAAAUAACCAGUUAGAACGGCUUCAGGGCCUCCACAGAUUCCUAACAACACCUGUUCCAAGAGCACCAAGGAUGGAGAUGCUAGAGAAAAUGGAAGCUGUUAUCCGCAACAUGCACGAAAAAGUUCAAAAAGCCACAGGGAAACCUGAACCUGGGCCAUCUGCUCCCCCAAGACCUCCAAGCCACGGAGCCAGCCCAGGCCAAAGAACUCCAAGUCCCAAUAUUAGUUCAAGCCACAGACCUAUGGUUGGCUCACAUUCCAACCCUGGUAGUGGGUCUAGCCAAGGUCUGGGUUUGACCCAUGGAUUAGGACCAACCUUAGGUCUGAACGUGAACCAAAACUUUAGUCAUAAUCAAGGUGGUGGAGGGUAUGAUAGUGGCAGUAAUCGUGCAGCAAGUUCAGGUCUCAAAGUGCCACAAGGACUAAGCCCUAGUUUGGGUCACAGUAGUGGAAAUAGACCAGCAUAUGGACAUGGCUCAAGUCAGCAAGCUCGGUCUUUCCCUGCAAGGUCGGGGUCAAGUGAGUGGCAGAGUUCUAGAGAUAGUGGAAGUGAGCGCAGGGAGAAAGAUAGAGGGAGGGACACAGAGUAUGGUGAUAGAAGAGAGAGAGGAGCUGAAAUGUCAAGAGAAAGCAGCUAUGAUAGAAAUCGAGGGAGAGAUGGGGACCGCAGUCAGUCUCGGCACUCAGAUAGAGGUAGAGACCGGGAGUCAGACAGAAGUCGAGAUCGAGAUUCUGACAGGAGCAGAACAAAAAGCUAUGACAGAAAAAGAGAAUAUGAUAGACACAGAGAUCUUGAUAGAAGUGGAAGUAGAGAUGGAAGAAGUCGAACUUCUGGUGACAGAGAACACGAUAGAGGGAAAGAGAGACGAGGCAGCUCUAGAGAACAUGAACGUGAUAAAAGUCGUGAAACAAGUAGAAGUUUAAGUUCCCGUGAAAGAGAAUAUGAUAGGGAGAGGGAGCGAGACUCCCACCACCCUCAGCGUCAAAGGAGCCUUACAGAGCAAGAAUAUCAAGAUGAUGGAAAGCAUUCAUCAAAAAGAAAUAGCUUGCUGGACCUUCCUAUGCCUCCUUCUCUGUCAAACACAGAUGUACAUGCAUCUGUGAGGGGAACAGGAAAUGCUUCCCCCCAGGAUGCUGAAAUUUUAAAAGGUUCAAGAGGAAAGUUCCAAAAACUCUUUGGAGAACCUUCAGGACCAUCAGAGGAUGAAAGUCAUUCAUCUGGUGCCAUGUUGGAUAAAAGGGGCUCAUUGAGAACUCACUCUGGAAGCUGGAGGGAUGAGGUUCGAGCAAGAGGAGAUUCUUUCUUCUCACAUAAAACCUCUAGUGAUAGUCCAUUCCCAAGACUUUCAGGCCUUGGUCAAGAAGAUGCAACUGCUAGAACUUCUUUUCAGCCUAAUGAGGUAAGGGAUCAUAGUCACAGUGGUAGUGGUAGUAAUUUUCAAGAACAGGUACAUUGGAGAGUAAGUAGUUCUCAGUCAAGUACAUCUCACAGCACUGGGUUUCCACAAACUUACCCUCAGAGAGGAAAACAGUCAGAAGUGCCAGAUACACCCAUGUCACCAGAUGAGUCGUCUUCCCAUGGCUUUUUUUCAACAGACACACCACAGUCACCUGAUAUGGAUGCUUCUUUUAGUCCUGUUCCUGCAGUAGAUGAAACCACCCCUGUCAAGACUAUUCCACUUGAAAGUAUUAGUCAGGCAGGUGUGGAUUUAGAAAAUAUUAAAAAAGCCCUUGCACAAAUACGUGCACAGACCAGUUCUAGUUCUAGUUCUGGUCCAUCUUACCGGUACGAGGACUUUGUAGGUCCUGCAGGAAAGUCAAAUUCAGAGGAUGAGCCAUAUGAUCCAGAAGAAGUGUGGAAUAACCAAGAUGCUGAGGCAAAUAAAAUACGAAGGCCAGUUGUUAGUACACCUCAGGUGCCUGUGAUUUCUGGUCGCUCUGAUACUGAUCUGCGGCAGAUUCAUCGCAGUUUGCUACCACUACCUCAUACCUAUCAGGCUAGACCACAUGGAAAUGUAAGUGUGAAAAGUGGGGGAAGAGUUGGGCCACAAGCACCAUUUAUCCAGAAAAUACCUGAAUCAGGAAAGAUAGCAACAAACACCAUUGGUUCAAUACCUUUACCACACAGACAGGCUAACAGUAGUCAGCCCAUGGUAAGCCAAGGAAACCAGUCUUUAGGGACCAAUCUAGUUGCAACUUCUGGAGUUGGUUUCUAUAAAGAUACUAGCAAUGUUAGGCCUUUAGAUCCCCGAAGCAGAGAAAGCAGUGGGGAUAUUGAUAUGCGAGUUUCACAGCCACCCUUACCAAAAACACAACCUGCACUUCCAAGAACUCAGCCAUCAUUACUUGUAACUCACCUGCCACCCCCCCCUUUGCCCAAAACAUUGGAUCCACCAGCAUCAGAAGUUGAUGUCAAUUUGCUCAAAUCCAGUCAGCCACCAUUACCCAGUUCACCACCCUUACCAACUAAACCUAUCCAACCACCUUUACCAAAAACUCAGCCUCCAUUGCCAAAGUCACCUCCACCACAAUCAUCAAGUCCCUUUGCAUCAGCUAAAGAUGAUAUUGAAGGACAGAAAAGAUUAGAUAGUAUUCGUGCACGACUUGCACAUGGUGCUGGAGAAUUCAUUAAGCCAGGACAAAGAGGAGUGGCUGCUUCUCAGAUGGAAAAAUACAAGAUAAAGAGACAGUUAAGUGGUUCAAGAGAUACAAAACCAUCACACACCUCACCUUCUUUGACUAAAGAGUAUUCAGGGAAAACUGAUUCACAAGCAAAGGGAAAAGAUCCUGUGUCAGUUCUUGAUAUACUUUUACCAGAAAAUUCAACAAGUGUGGAAUCAACAGAAGCCAUUGUCAAAGAUUCACAGCCAGCACAGGAAUCCUCAGCAAGAGACCCACGAUUUAAACCACAGCAGGAACCACAACCUGCAAAGGACAAAAUUACAAGCUUAUCUCAUGCUCGAGAUCCAAGGUUAUCAACAACUUCCUCAUCAUCAGUUACAAGAGAUCCAAGGCAGCAGAUGAAUAGAGAUCCAAGGCAAGAUACCGGAGUCUUCCCAGGAAGAGAAAACAGGGGUGAUAUUAAUAGAUUUUCUUCAAAUAUAGUAAGAGAUCCUCGACAAGAUUCAGCCAAAUAUGCUCCUGUUGUUCCUCAACUGCCUCGAGAUCCAAGGCAGGAGGCGGGUAGAUUUACACCAGGGGCACCAAGUGGAGGUUGGGAUUCCAGACAUGAGUCUAAUCAAUAUCCAGUUCCAGUAUCAGGAAUUAGAGGGCAUUCUGGUUUCCCUAAUCCACCAGUAGCUGCAAACAGACUUGAACCUGGCUCUUUUGCUGGAGUUGCUAAUGCAGGGCCCAGGGAUCCUCGGCAGGAGACCAGAACUUUCCCAAAUGUGUCUUUACCGCAAUAUAGAGAUCCACGAAUGGCAUCCAGAGUUGAAAGACCUCCAGGUGCUAUGUGGAAUCAACAACCAACUCCACCACCACCAGCUCCAAUGAGCUUUACUCCAGUUCCAAGCUCAAGUGGACCAGUUGUUAAUAAUGACCUUGUAGAUCCUAGUCCUACCCAAUCUGCAAGUGGUUCAUUGAUUGGCCAGACUUUUACUUGUUUAAUGAUGCGUGGGUUGCCCCCUUUUGUCCAUUCCAAUCACAUAUAUCGUUUCUUUUCUGAUUAUAUAUUGAGGGAUAUGUCACUAGAGCUAGAUAACCAUUAUAAUUGUAAAGGGACAGCCUAUAUUCAUUUUCCUAGUCAUGCUAGUGCUCGAGAAGCUCUAGAACAAAUGAAUGGGCAGCUUUUAAAUGGCUAUCCAAUAUCUCUCAGGAUAUGUACUGUGGGAAUCUUGCGACAAGCUAAGAAUAUGUACGAACAGCUGAAUAGGGAUAGAGAAGCCCAGCUUGGUAUUCCUGAAAGACCAAGAGGAAAUGGAAAUCCAUUCUUUAAGCCUAAACCAAAAGAACCAAAAGAACCUGCAGCCAAACCAGUGACACCCGCCUCUAAUGUACCAACUCCAGCUGCUACUGAAAAACCCUCUGUAGCUGAUACACAAGUUUCUGAACCUCCUAAUUCUGAGAGUGUGGGGUCCUCUGUGCCGUAUUCAGAAUUGUGUGGGGUUAAAGUUCAUCCUAAAACAUCAGUUGGAAAGUCAAACUUCAAGAUUCCAAAGAUUAAGAAAGCUGUGCCAGAAACAAAAUCAUCUAAGAAUGAGACGGACUCAAGCAAGGAAGGCACUGAGAAGAAAACCAAAGAACAUGAUAAAAAAUCUACUGGUCAGAUUAAAGCUUCUUCUAAAUCAGCUGCUGAUGACUCAUCAGACUCGGAUGAAUUAAUUAAACGUAAAACUCUAACAAAAAAGAACAGAAAAUUCAAGAAGAUCAUAAUUGAGUCAGAUACAGAUUCUGACAUAGAAGAGACAAAGAAAGCCCCCCAGAAGGAGACUGCAAAGUCUGGUUCUAGUUUGAAAAAUCAUGCCCUGGAUGAAGAUGAUGAUGAUGAUGAAUGUUUCAUGGUUAUUGAUGAGACUGUUGUUUCUGACACAGAAGAGACUGAAGACUCAGAAGUAAAUUCUUUGACAACAGAUGAUUCUAGUAGUCAGUCAAGAAGUACCAAAACAAAGGAACAAAAACAGACAAAAGUAAAGAAGACUAGAGGUCGUGCUACAAAAGCAAAACCAAAGAAAAAGAUAGGUGAAACAAAGAGAGGCAAGAAGAAAGGACAAUUAAAGAAGGAUCCAGUCCCUAGGAAAGGAAGGGGCAAAAAAGCUGUUGACAAACUUCAAGACAAUACAUUUAAAUCAGAACUGGACUUGCAUUCUGCUGUUGGAAUGAAACUAACCCGUCAGACUCAGGGUGAACUAGAAGAAUUGAUUAAAGAAAAAACAAAGCUGAAGGUAGUCAUCCCGGUACCACAGAGGUAUGUUGUUAAUAUUUUUGAUGAUGAUAAGUUGAAGAAGCGGGUUGGCAGAAGACAGACUGUUGAAGUUCAUUCUAGUGUUGCUGUAGCACCCAAAGAGCCAGAAAUACCUCCAUUGUUGGAAAAGAAAGUAAAAACUGUUGAAAAAGCUAUAUUGGAUGUAUCUGUUGUGGUUGAGAAAUCGAGUGUUGAGCAAUCAGAGGUCUUCAGUUACCGACAGAUCAAAGCAAAGAUUUUCCAAAAAACAUUGCAUGUUCUUGCAAUACCAACAGCUAGAAAAGGAAAGAAAAGAACUCUUUCACAUACUGGAAAUAGUGGAGAUAACAAAAGACAGAAAUUUGGGUCAUCUGAUUUUAGUAAAGGACAACCAAAAGAGGAUAGUAAUAUCAGCAAAGAAACUGGAAAAAGGCAUAGAACUACGCCAUCAAAAGGUCGGCCAAAAAAGAAGUCAAAAUUGGACUCCAGUGCAGAAAAACAGCCCACAUCUGAAGCUGCAGGAAACUGGAACAAAGUACUCACAACUACAGAUUUGUUUGACAGUAACACAUCCUCGGAUGAUUUACCUGACUUGACUCAAAUAACGCCAAGUUUGUUAGACGUUGAUCCAACAAUCACCAGUGCUCUGCCAGAUGCAACUGUCCUGGCAAGUGUUCUCAGUCCCCCACAUGUUACAAGUCAAACUUCUGAAGGUAGUUUCCUUAGUGGAGUUGACUCUGAUGGUGAUAGUUCACCUGGGAAGCUACAGAUUGUUGAAAGUGAUCAGAUAAGUAAGGAUUACCAGAUUUUGGAUGAGAUAAUCAGAAAUGAUAGUAAAGAUAAAGAAAAAGACUCAUUGGAAGAAAUGAUUGAUCAAAAUGCAGAAAAGAGAAAAGUUGAUGCAAAACCAAAUCAGGAUGAUGCACAAAAUGUCAGUAGUGAAUCAAAAGUAGAUAGUGUAAGUAGCAGUGAGCAAGAAAAAGUUGGAGAUAUAUUUGAUCAAGUCCAAACUAGUUCUACUGUAGUUGAUGGUAAACAUAAAAGACAAAAUAGUUCUUCAAGCAAUACAAGUUUGAUUAGAAAUACAGAUGGUGAGGAAGAAAAAGAGGGUUUACAUCUAUGCUUGUCAGAGGGAGGGAAUGAUGAGACUUUAGGACAUAAUGAAGAAAUUGAUGAAGGUGACGAUACUGCAAGUGUUGGCAUGGUGAGCACUAGCAGCUUGGUUGAUGAUGCCUCUAUUAUCUCCAGCGAAGGCCGAGAGUUAAAAACUCCAGACUCCGGGGCAUCAAGAAAGACUAAGAGAUCAAAAAUGGUGCAUAUACCCCCAGAGUUGAGAAGGGUAACCAGAGGAUCUGUAGUGGAACCUCUUUUCAUUGAAGUGAUUGAGUGGGAUGAUGGAGGUGUAGUUGAUUUGUUCCAGUGUGACCUUUGUGAUUAUGUGGGCAGGCAUAUGGCAUAUCAUUUGGUCAAUUUCCACAUUGAAAGAGAAAUGCCAUGUGAAUUCAAGAAAGAAGAUUUUCCCCCAGUGAUUAAGGACCAUGUAGGACCACCAAAGGUUCCAGAAGACAAGAAAGAUGUAUCACUAGAUUUGUCAUGGAUACCAACAAGUAUGACAUUUGAGAAAAGUGUUACAUGUAAUGAAUGUGAUUAUAUAUCAAACAGUCGAUUUGACUUGGUUUACCAUGUAUUGGAACACAAACCCAUGGCAGCACAUUGCGUAUAUCACUGCCGUCUUUGUAAUUAUAUGUCAGAACACUUGGAACAUUUUUACAAUCAUGUAAGUAGUCAUACUGGAGAGUACAGAUACAGAUGUGAUCUUUGUGGUGAGAGAACAUACAAAAAAUCACUAUUACUAGCACAUCAUAAAGAAUGUCAUCAUAAUCAACUUGAAAAGUUUUCCAUAUCAGAAAUGAUUCUAGAAGAUGGUUGGCCAUAUAUUCAUGUAUGUAAAACUUGUAUGUUUGUCAGAAUAGCUCAGAAGGCAGCAGAAGAUCAUGUACAAAAUCGCCAUAAUGGAAAAGCAGAUAUUCACAAAGCAAACAUGACUAGACCUGUUAUUUUAUAUUCAGAACAAUGGAAGUCAAAGGGGGAGAUGGAAAACAUUGGUCCACGUGGAAAGCCAAAGGGAAGGAAGAGAAAGAAAGGCAAACGAGGUCCAGACCUAGAAGUGUUUGUGGGGGAGGGAGGUGAAGAAGAAAUGGAGGAAGAAAUAGAAGUGAGGGCAAAACAACUGGUAGAUAGAAUAGCAUCUAAUAUUCACACAACCACAUCAACAGAAGAAGCUAUAAAAAGAAUGUCUUUACUGAACUCAAUAAGUAAAAAAUUAGAUGAAGAGGAGGAGGAGGAACAGGAGGAGAUGUCAGCAAAUAUAGGGACAUCAGUCGAGGUAACGUCUAGCAUUACAUCACCUUCACCAUCUUCACUAGCUUCACAAGAAAUAACAUCAGUGACAACAGAAGCAGGAACAGCAGGAGCAGGAUCAGCAACAGAGGACAAAUCUAAGGAAAGAGGCUUCCAAGAUGCAUCAGAAUCUGAAGUGAACACUACCAGUUUGGAAAAUCAAGAGUCAUCAGAAAAAAGUUCCUUUACAGAUAGUGCAGUUGAAAAGGAUGGAGAAGAUGCAAUGAUGGAGGAAGAUGGAAACCUUGGAGAUAAUUCAGAGAGUGACAGUGAAUCGACUGUGAGUGCUUUAGACCCAGAUAUAUUUGAAGAUUUGUCAUCAGGGAAAACAGGAUCAUUGCAGGAAACAAUUAGGAAGCUCUCAGCAAAUUUAGGAGAGAUUGUCAAAGGAAAACAAAAACCAGCAGAGGAGGUAGUGAAAGAGCCAGGUGUGAAAGAGCCGGAUGUGAAAGAGCUGGAUGUGAAAAAGCCAGAUGUGAAAGAGCCAGGCGUGAAAGAGCCAGGUGUGAAAGAGCCAGAUGCAAAAGAGCCAGAGGGAAAAGAGUCAGUGCAGAAAAUUGAACGUAGAGGCUCUGGAGACACCCAUGAUAGUGAUUCUGAUGUUUUAGUAAUUUGUGAAGAUGAAGAUGCUGAUGGUCGAGAAGAAGCACCAAAUUCAGAGCAACACAGCCAGCCAGAGAAAAGGUUGAAUCAGGAAGAGAAUGCUGAAACUAAAACACCCACAACUGCUGUAUCAGUUCCCACCAGUACCUCAGAAGAGCAGGAGACAAAGAAAAUGCCAAAGUUGAGAAUCCGUCCAGCACAUCAGCUCUUGGAUUUGAGAUAUUCUUCCAAGGACACAUCGCCAUCAGCAAAAAUAUUUCGAUGUGCAGUCACCAAUUGUGGAUAUACCAGCAUCAAGCAUACAGAUCUCAUUAACCACAUCAUCUCUGCUCAUGGACCUUAUAAAUGCAUUGCUUCAGGCUGCACUUUCGUCACACAGUCCCGGGAAUUAUUCAGUAUGCAUCUAACAACGCUACACCCCAAGCUAAAUUUCCUUGUGUGUCCAUUCCACUGUCAGAAUAUUUUCUACAAAUGCUCCGAUCUUGUAGACCACCUCACAGAUCAUCAUGCAACCAUUGAGGUCACAAAUGAGAACCAGGGAGCAAUCAAUACAGAAGCGGAGACUCUUAGGAAGGAUUCAGAUGACCCAGGAUUUUUACGCAUUGAAAGUGUGGCCACCUUAGAUCCCACAGCAGCUUCUCAGAUGUUUGGUGAUGAUUAUAAAGUACCUCCAGAAACAGCAGCCCUUGGUCUCCCUUUGAAUUUUGCCAGCUCAGUGGGAAAAGAAGGAAAACCAAUACCGGUUUCUGAUAAAGUCCCCCAAACUAUUCAGGGCACUGAUAACAAUGACCUGCUCAAAGUAGACCCUUCUUCCACCUCAGGCCUCGGGCUUGACGCACCCAAGGUAGUCUCCUCCACCUCUGGGAUGGGGCAAAAUGUUCCUGGUUCAGAUCAGCCACAGUUGACAUCAGAGAUUGCCUUGAAGCAGACAAAACUUGUUGGAAAGCCAUCUGUUGUGACAUUGGAUGAAGAUGAGGAAGAAGGCUCAGAGGUCUGUUGGAAUGGGAGGCCACAGAAGCCCCCACCAGGAUUGGCUACUCUACCUAAGUUUCCUCCAACAGUACCUGUUCCAAGUGUUUUUGAAGUAUAUCAGCCAAUGAAUAUUUUCCGGAUCUUGAUAACCAAACUUGCGCCAGAAGUUUUCAAAUGCAUGCAUCCUGGAUGUGUCUUUGUAGAGGAUGACCCUGAGACUUUCCAAGAGCACAUUGAAUCGCAUGGUGAAAAUUUCAGAUGUUGUUAUUGUCUGAUAGUAAUGGAUACUUCGAAAAAGCUGGUACAACACGUUAUAACAGAACAUAGUCAUUGCCAGUUUCAGUGCAAAUAUUGCCUGUAUCGGGCAUUCACUAAAAUCUACAUGGGAGUUCAUCUGAAAAAUUUCCACCCUGAUGUCGAGCCACGCUACAUCAAAGUUGGUACAAUUCAGUCUCAGCAUCCACCAAAUCCUCCAAUUGACCAGUUUGUUCGGCCAUACAAAUGUAGCUACAAAGAUUGUCAGUAUCGCACUGUUGAUGCAGAAGCAUUCAGAACCCAUGUUGUUGGUAACCAUGGUGAGUUUGAAGUACUUAGCUGUGAUUUCUGCCACAAACAUCUUCAUGUUCAACCAUUGAUAUAUCAUAUGCGAGAACACCAAAUGAAUGAGUACCAGUGCCCAUACUGCCUACAUGGAGAUGCCGAAAAGGAGCGCCUACUCAAUCACCUUCUCAACUGUCAUCCUGGACGUCCUGGGAAGGUACUUCUCCGUAAACAGAUAACCACCGCCAGUGCAAGUGGUCCAAACGUAAACAUGACGGACAUCAGUGGUCCACCACCUCCAUCCUCGUCUCUUCCUCAAGAUCCAAGCAACAAAGGUGAUAAAAAGCAUACUACGAAGCCUGAUGGGAAACCUUCAGAGAGCAGUCCAGAUGGUGCUGGAAGUGCAUCACCAACACCGGGAGCCAUGAAGGAAAGACCGCAGAGUCCAUGGAACAUUGAAGGAAGGAGAAUGUCAAGAAGCUUAUCUCGGGAACUGGAUAGCAAAGUAGAAAAUGCUGCUAAACAAGGUGAAGGAGAUGGAUUAAAUAAGAGUUCAGGCAGCAACAGUGAGGAAGGCCUUUCAUCCCCAAGCACAGAGAAAACAGGAUUAAGCAGCCAUGCUCUCUACCGUUGUGGUAAUGAAGGUUGCGAGUACUCCAGUGCAACUCAGGUUCAUUUACGGGAGCAUCUCCAAGUGUGCAACUUUGCCCAAGACUCGACUGUACUAAAAUGUCAUCACUGUGGGAAACAGUGCCGACAUCUAAGCACUCUUUUUGAGCAUCUUCGGGUCCAUGGGCCAAAGAGAUAUCGCUGUGGAGUGGCAGGUUGUGAUUAUAAAGCAACCAUGGUCCAUUACUUCAAAAAUCACAUGAAACAGAUCCAUAAAUGUUCAGGUUUUAAGCAGGUCUUGAAGGACCCAAAGAUUAAAGAUCCAGAAACACAAGAGUACAUUGUGUAUCCUAAAGAUGCAGUACCACCUGCUAAGGAAUCCCACAGGAAACGAAAGAAUGAAUAUGCCAUUGAAGAUAUUGGUCGAAUUCCCAAGGCACAUGUCUCAUAUCAAGAUCUGAAAUGUUACUAUUGUCAUUUUGUUUCUAAAGUGAGGUUAAAUUUAAUAAAGCAUAUCAAAUUACAUGAAAAAUACCCAGAAGGUAUCCCCAAGAGGUUAUUCUUAUGUGAAGGUGAAACAAGUCCAAUCCCAACAAAACAACCCAUCAACCCAGUGCCGUGCUUGGAACGAAAGGAACUCAUGUUCGAUAAGAUGAUGAACCUGGCAGGUAGCAGCUUUGAAGCUAAGAAGAAGAAAGAGGAUAUAGAUAUGAGAACUAAGAAUCCCAUUCCAACAGAGGAGUAUGAAAAGUUGCCCAAGUAUGUUCCUGAUGAAAGGUUGCAUUCGUGUGGUAUUGAUGGAUGCAACUACUUGUCUUGUGAUGACAUGAUGUUGAAGUAUCACAUUCGCACUCUGCAUGCUGAUAUUACAUCGUUCCCUUGUCCACACUGUACUGAUAUAGCAAUAACAGUUGAAAAAAUAAGCUCCCACUUCAAGCUGCAUGGAGACAGGCUUUACAGGUGUGGUUGGUGCUCGUAUAUAUCCUACCGAAGAAAUGUUGUCGAACGCCACAUGAAAGAAAAACAUCCGACUAAGAAGGCCUUUGAUUUUGUUAUCCGAGAGCCAGAUGAAGCAGAUGGUCAAAAGAAACAAGAAGAAAAGAUAUCAGAGGAACCUGCAGCACCAGUUGCUCCUCAAGUUCCUCAAGACCCACAGUGGCAGUGUGGAUUGUGCAAGUUCUGUUCAGUUACACAGCAGGAGAUGGUAAACCACACAAGCCUUAAGCAUGCUAUCAAAAGUCAGUAUAAAUGUGGCUACUGCAAUGUCAGAUCAUCAGUACGAGCCAGUUUCGAUGCUCAUUUUGCAGCAAAACAUCUUUACCAACCAUUUAGGGUGUUGUGCAUGUAUUAUCGGAUAGAUUCAGAAGAUAUUGAGCCCAUUAGUCAGGGUAAUGGACAACAUUCUCAUGAACCCCUGUGGAAACGUAAUGACCCUGAACGUAUUCGACACAUCCGUGGUAUUUUGAUAGACGACGAUCCAGAGACUAGAAAGACAUUAUUAAAGCAGACGGGUACAGGAAAACCAGACAAAGGAGAGUUUGUGUGCCCCAUGUGUCGGUCAUUCAAGACAGCUUGUGUUGCAACGUUCAGGUCACAUCUUUGUCGAGAAGCAGACUAUCUCAGAUAUGAGUGUGCAGAGUGUGGUGUAGGCAAUGCACUGCUUCCUAGUUUACAGCGUCAUUUCACAAAAAUGCAUCACAAACCAUUUACCCAAGAGAGCUAUGUUAACCUGCCUGUGGAGGAUGAUAAAGAAAAUUGGGUUGAAGGUGUGAUCAGCCAUCAGGAACAGCUAAUCAAAUGUUGGCCUGAAAAGGCUGGACUUGAGUCAUCAGAGCAACCAGGAACAGUGACAGCACAUCAACCAGCCCCAGCAAAGGCUUCCACGUCAAGACGUUCCUCAGCCAGUUCUGUAUCAAGUGCACCUUCAAGUGAGGGUUCCUCUCAGCAAGGUGUUGUGCUGCACGACUCUGGUAGUGAACGCGGACGAUUCGUCUGUGAUACUUGUGGGUCUGAAUGCCGCUCAGCUGCAGGACUGAAGAGUCACACCACAGCCAUGCACCAAGCCAGGUUCAAGUGUCAUUACUGUCCAUUUGCAAGCAACACUGAAGAUGCAGUAAAGCAGCAUUGCACUGUCAAACAUCCAAAGUUACAGAGUGAAGUGAUUGAUGUUUCACAACGUUUAAAGCCUCAGAAGACUGAGGACACUGAUCCUGCUGAAGUAGAUAAUGUAAUAAAAGAAGAUUCUACAGGUUCUGUCAUCCCAAUAAAGGAGGAAGAAAAGGGAGAUACACCAGAUGCAAAGAUUACUAGUAAAGAGUCAGAGUCCUUAGAAGUUAUUACAGACAAGGGAGAUAAACCAUCUGAAGAAAAGGGAAAAACUGAGGUGGUAGAUACUCCUGAGGUAACAAAGACUCAUAAGUGUCCAUUCUGUCCAUUUGUAAGCAACACCACAUCAGGCCUGGGCCACCAUAAACGCACGAAACAUGCUGAUAGAAGACUCUUUAUGUGUCUUCAUUGCAAUGCCCGUUUCAACAACUCGUUUGAUGUUGUACGACAUAAUAAAUGGAAGCACUCACACCUUAAACCUCAGUUUACUCACCUCCAGGAAGAAAAUGCAGGUAGUGAGACUCCUAAAACAGACGGGGACGCUACAAGUGCAGACAGUAGUGACAGUUCAUUAACAACAGUCAUAAAAGACCCCACAUCAUCUGCAAGUGGUGGGAGCUCACCACAGUGGCCACCUGGCCCCAAGUCAAAGAAGGGUAAAGCCAGAAAAUCAUUCCCAAAUGCAAAGUCGUUGUUAAAAGUUUCUGCAGGAAAACCUGCAACAGAAGCAAAGGUGGAUAGUAUACAACCAGUUUCAGUAGUCAGUAAUAGUGAGCAGCAGGUGACAUACUCUUGUUGUCAUUGCAACCAGCAGUCUAAUAAAAUUGCAAUGGAAGAGCACAUGAAAAAGCAACACAGGGAUCUUCCAUAUCAAGUUCGAAGGGAGGAGGGAGACAAAGUCUUCACAGAAGUUCAUGUUUACAAAUGCAUUCAUUGUGUUGUAGAAAGCAUAUCCCUAGCACAAGCAAUGGAUCACUGGAUUCAAAAUCAUGCUUUGCUUGAUUUUAAAUUCCAAAUGGUCAUGAGGCAUUGUGGAGAAGUGUCAAACCAGGUAGUUACGAGUACAACUGAAGACCCUCCGCAAACACCCGUGGUUGAUGAGGUUAAAGAUUCUGUUACACCUGAAGCUGACACCAGCUUGAGUUCUGCAGCUGGGUCCAGUGCCAUCAUCAGCAGUAGCUCAGAGGAACAAAGUACCAAAGCAUUGAAACCUCUGAAAAUAGCCAAAAGAAGAACAAGUGGCAAAGAAACAAAGUCUCCUGUGCAGUUUAACCUUGACAGUGAGGAUGAACAGAUUGAAGCAUCUGAAAUUGUUGAUGAGCCAGUGGUUCAGACCAGCUCUGAGUUAGAUGAAGAUGGUUUUGUUUUCAAGUGUGGACUGUGCAAGAAAAGUAGUGCUAAAUUGGAGGAAUUGGAAGCUCACUUCAGUAAAAUCCACACUGAUAGGGAACUAAAAUAUAGGAAAAUGCGUAAAGAGGCAUUUGAACAGAUUUACAGAGCUGAAUACGAGUGUGGCCACUGUGGGGAAAGGGGACGCCACAUUGUGUUGAAACGACACCACAAAACAGCUCAUCUGAAUCUGCCUUUUAAAGUUGUGCGCGUUAACCAAAAUAUAUACUACAGGUGUGAUGUAUGUUGCCAUGUUGUCAAGAACUUGCAGUCAAUGCGGUACCACAUUCGACGUCAUCAUCCUGAGGCAGAUGAGUUUACAUUUUCCAAGUUGACUUUGGGAUCCCCAGUGAGGCCUCCAAUGAAGCAGCCAUUUAAGUGCAAUUAUUGUGGUGAUGUAGGAGAAACUCUUCAGGAAAUGCGCACUCACCAUGCAUUCCUUCAUUCACAUCUCGAGUGCAGCAUCACAAACUUAAUGGAUGAGGCUUUGUCAUCUGUUCACAGUCCCACGCCUAGUCAUAGCUCAAAUGAGGUAAAAAAUCCGCCUCUGGUUCCUCUCCCAGUGAUAUCGAAGUGCAGCAGCCCUCAGGUGACAGACAUUAGUAGUCCAGCUGCAGAUAUCAAAUCUCCAGUCGUCCCAGAGAUGAAAAAUACAGCUAGGAAGUCAAUAACGACUGUGAAAAAGCGACAUGUUGCUAUGAAGUCAACAUCAAAAUCACAACCAAGAGCAUCAACAAGCAGCAGUAGUGAUGAUGAAGGACAAAGUUGGUAUGGUGUUCCUCAGCCAUCAGUACAGAUGGAAAAUCUAUAUGCAUUUGUGAACCUUGGGGCAGGAGUUCCAGUGAGGCUUACAGUGCAGCGUUUGGGAAAGCUACUAGACUUACAACCCAAAGUUGUGAUUUAUGAAGAUCAGUUGCAGUAAAAGAAUAUAUAUACACAUAUAAUAUUUUUUUAAAACAGGAGUGACAGUGUUUAUCCUUUUGUCUGUAUCAUCUAAGAAAAGCAUAUCUAAAACAUCAAAAAUAUAGUUUCUUCAAAUUGGCAAUUAAAUAAUUAAAUACAUUGAUAGGAAAUACAUUUUUAUUUCCAAUACAUGUAACUGUAUUCACCCAAAUAUGGAAAAUUAAGAUGGCAUUUGAAUUUUGUAAAAAGUGUAACAUAAUUAAUGAUAGGUCCAUUGAUUUCAUACAAGACUGAAGUUUGAUGGUAUAAGAAUUUUGUUGAGAAAGUAAAAUUAAGUUAUUUGUUAAGGUAAUUAUCAGAUUUAUAUUCAAAUAGAUUUUCCAAAAACUUUUUGGUAUUUACAUGAUUCAGUAGAUAGAGAGGAAUGUUGUCACUUAAGAAGUACAAUAAAGCUUGUAUUUAUGAUAUCCUGUACGUAAUUCCACAAGCAAGUUAUCUGAUGGCAUGAAAUUAGUAAUUGCAUAUAAUUUGUGAUGAAAACAAAUAACCUAGUCUUCCUCUGAAUUACAAGAAAAUUUUGUUUCUGUGAUAAUGGCUUCUAUUUUCUGUUUGUAAUGUCACAUAGUUUCCAGAAUGGGAUAUGGAUAUAUGAUCACUAUGAGGUGACAUUGCACAGAAUUGUUAAAAAGGCUGUAAUUAGCCAUGAUAAAUACUUAUAUUUUUUAUUGUUAUUAUUAUUUUACCCUCAAUUAUGAAUAUCUGCUGCAAAUGCAGGAUUAGUUUAUUUGGUCAGGAGCCUGGUACAGCAAAUUUGAAUAAAACUAUACAGCAUGGAGUAUUCUUACAUUUGGAGGUUUACUUUUGGUGAAUGUAGUCAUUUUCUCUCAAUUAUUGUUAUAUAACCUUCCCUUCCCCCCCCCCCCCCCCCCCCCCCACACACACACAUACACACACACACACACGCACGCACACACGCACACACGCACACACGCACACACGCACACAUAUACAUAUAUACAUAUAUCUUAACAUUGCUGCCCAUAAGAUUUGUCCGGUAAGUGGUGGCCAGCAAGGCUUUUGCUUGUGAUGCCCAGUUUAUAAGGUCUACCAUGUAGGUAGGUCAGAAUGUGUUUGUGUUACCUCAGUAUGAGUUGACCAACAUUCUUAAAUCUCUGGCAUAUAUGUACUAAAAUGUGGAGGUACAAACAUUUUUUAAAAUUUAAUUUGAAGUUCCUAGUUGAUUUAAAUAAUCCAGUAUUUUUGUAGAUAUAAGUUGGGAAUGUGAGUAUUCUUUUUGUCAUAUUAAAACUGUUCUAAGUUAUUUGAAUUCUGCAACUGAAGCUUUUUUAUCAGAUUUAAAAAGCUCAUAUACCUCAUUCCAUUAUACAUAUAUUGUUUUGUAUGCUAAAUAAUUCCCGAGUGUUGUUCUGUUUAAUAAGUCUUGUUAGUUGAGUGUGAUUAUGUUGUGUAAAUGAGAUUUUUUCCUGAUUUUUUUUCAUGUGUUAAAAGUUUAAAGCACUUUAGUGAUGGAUGAACAUAAGAAUUGAAGUAAAUCCCUUGAGAUUACUGCUCUCUGAAAGGUGCCUAUCAGCUGUAAUAUUAGUGUAAUUAGUAUUAUUUUAGCAUUAGGGCACCUGAGCCUCGGAAUCUCAUAUCACUGCUUCUACAUUAUGGAGUGUCAUGAUUAAGCAAAGUGAGUUUGGUGGUGCAGACCUGUAGGUGUGAGAUUCAAGAGGUUCAGUGCAUUGAUUUGUAAAAUAGAGAACCACUGGAAUUCAAACUACUGCUCAUGUUGUACAUGUAAAUAAAUAAGUUUUGUGUAGAUGGCUACACACAAAUAUUUACUGUGACACCCGUGAAGCAAGUGCAACAUUUGUCCUUUUUUUUCAUGAUACGAAAAUCAUUCCACUUCGUACCUUUAUCCAUACUCACCAUGGCAGGAUUGUGCCAUUCUUUGUAGGCUGUUUAUUCACAUUAACUAUUUGUGUUUUUUGUAUAUAAAAUAAAAUUAUUUUAGUUGAACUUGU